GUGCAUCUUCUUUCUUCUUUCGUCCGAGAGAGUGAGUGAUCGAGGCGAGACGAGCAAUCAAUCAUUCGCGUGGGGAAGAAAAUAAAAUCUCCGAAUUGGCCGAAGCUGGUGCAAUUAUCUGCGCGUAAACGGAAGUGGAGUGCAAUUUCGAAUGUGGCCACUGACUCAACUUAGACAAGAGAAUCGUGGAUGCAUCAUAAUAUUGGAACGACCUUGAGACGAGCCCAGACAUGGAUUUUUUGUGAUCUCGACAAUGUCGUCGACGACGUGAGUGAGAGUGAAGAACGAUGAAGGAAGAGCAUGGAUGAAACGAACUAGAACGACGGCAUGCAUUCCAGUUGGGAAGGCGAUGAGAGCAGGAGGAGAUGGUGGCGAAUGUUUGAAGCAGCAACUCUACGCGAGUCGCGAGGUAGCGGGAGGGCGAGGGCGAGGGCGAGGCAGCUGGUCUUGACCCCGUUAUUGAAGAAAAAUCCAGACAAGGCGACGUGCGAGCUGAGGAGCAUGAAGCAGAAGCAGAAGCCUGAUUGUCUCCAUUAGUAGGCCAAGAUAACUCCAUGUUUGUCCGUCCACCUUAUCACCAUCAGCUGCGUAGCAUGGUCCAGUGAUCUGUGUCAAGAAGUGCAUUUGCUCCCUCAUUUUUUUAGGGUGGGUUCCUGACGAGCAUCGCCAGUUUCGGUGUGCUCGCAAUUAACUCAUCGAAUCUUCUGUGGAAUAUGUUCUUCGGAAUUCCUCAAAACACCUCGUCACACUUGGGCUUCGUUGGGUUGGGUUGGGCUAGGCGGGGGCCCGGGCUAGACUACAUGCCUUGUGAAUAUGAAUGAUAGAGGAGGACAACGUGAGUUUGCUUGCCCUCUGCUUCCUGUACCCGGCUCCGAUCCCUUCUCUUCGGUUGUCUUGCUCCUGAGGUGGCUCUUUGUGGUUUGUUGUUUCCUUGAGCUGCCUUCCCUUCCUUGGUCUGUAAUUUGUGCGCCCCCUUUUGCCUGCACAGCAACUCUGAAAUGUGUUCAGCUUUGUAUCUCCUUGAAUCGUGGACCGCAUUUUCGGGCAGGAUUCCCUUGCGCUGUAAAUCUAAACUUCUCGCGUUAGAGCGCAGAGUGUUUGAGUGUCUGAUGGAGGUGGUGUGGAUCGGUAUGGCUAGUCCCAGGGCGGUCGAAUUGGCGAGCAUACCAGAUGAUAAGCUGCAACACAAGCUUCAAUUGAGGAUGAAAAACGCGUUUUUUCCCAGAUUUCUUCUUUUGCAUCCGUGAAGCAGAAAAUUGCUUGGAGAGCUUUCUCUGCGACAAAUUCGUAGAACAAAAUAUCGGGUUUUUUGGACUAGGUGGGACUGGACAGGGCGAUGGUGGGCAGAGGAUUUAGACUUUAGAAUCGUCGUCCAGUGUGUUGAGCGGAAGGAGUGGCCGUGCAUUGUGUAGAGUUGGUGCUGCAACUUUGCCAGCCGAGUUCUUCUGCUUCCUAGUUGGGUGAUUUCAAGAUGGAGGCUUUGACAGAGGAGCAAACGCACUUUUUGACACGGAUCAAUGUCACUGCAUCGGCAUUCUCCUUCGGGGGUUCCUUCUUCAUCGUAUUAUGCUAUCUGUGUUUUAAGGAACUGCGCAAGUUCUCCUUCAAGCUUGUGUUCUAUCUAUCCCUCUCGGACAUGCUUUGCAGCCUCUUCAAUCUGCUUGGGGAUCCUCGCGAAGGCUUCUUGUGCUACGUGCAAGGUUACAGCACUCAGUUCUUCUCAGUCGCUUCAUUUCUUUGGACGACCACUAUCGCCUUCACCUUAUAUCGUACUGUUGUGAAACACAAGGCUGAUGUGGAGGAAUUCGGACCUGCUUUCCAUGCCUACGUUUGGGGCACUGCCUUCCUCAUGACCAUUAUACCCUCAAUUGGAGACGACUAUGGUCCAGCGGGUGCUUGGUGCUGGGUUCGAACUGAAACUACCGCGGGAAAGGUGCUCCGGUUCAUGACAUUUUAUGUGCCUCUAUGGGGAGCUAUCCUUUUUAACGGCGCUGUCUAUUUUCAAGUCAUUCGUAUGCUCAAAUACGCAACUAGGAUGGCGGUUAGCAUGGCCGACAGGCAGCGGCAGGUGGAAGCUAGACCUGAGAUGAAGGCCAUGAACAGAUGGGGCUAUUACCCACUUAUCUUGAUUGCUUCAUGGACUUUUGGGACUAUCAACCGAAUCCACGACUUUGUGGAACCCCAAAAUAAGCUCUUCUGGCUGUAUUGUCUCCAUAUAUCGACCGCUUCUCUCAUGGGCCUGUUCAAUUCUAUAGCUUAUGGUCUGAACGCAGCCGUUCGACGGACACUUCAAGAAAGAUUGGACCAGUGGUGGCCAGAUAAAUAUAGACUGUGGCGGCCUGCAUUCAGAGAUAUUGAAGAUGCUGAAGAGCUAGUUCCUCUUGAACAAAAAGAAGGCCCUUGAUUUCUCGGAUGUGUUGUUAGGGUGGUUCAUAAAUUCAAAAGGAGAGCUCGAAGAAUAACAUAGGUUUCUCGACAUAAUCCUUUUCUAAUACAUGAGAUCUGUGUCUGCAUGUUCAUCCCACACAAGCCUCUGGGAAUGGCACUCAUCUCUCAGGGAGUCAUCUGCAUAACUAAAAUCUAUAAGCAUCAGAAGCACUUGGAAGCAAUCAUAGCAGCGAGCUAUCGAGAUCAGUCAAAUGUGCACCAAGGUUUCCGAUCAACCGACCAAUUACACAGAAGAAAACUUUGAUAUAUUGGUCGGUAUUUCUUAAAGAAGCAGACAAGGCUUGUACCAUCAGAAUCGUGUAACGUUUGAUAUGAAGAUAACAGUGUCGUAGGUAAGGAGUUUACGCUCACUUUCAAACUCGUUCACUGUGAAUCUAGGUCUCAGGAGUCUUCAGCAAUGUAAAGAGUGACUUCUUGAGAAGUAACAAAGUGAUAUAUUGAAAUCUUGAAACCACCCUGUGUCUAGUUGUGUGGACCUAUCGAAUG